AUGAAGUACAAUCCAAUUGAAAGGAAUAUGGAAGAAGAAAAAAUGGUUAAAAGAAGAAAGGUGCAACCUAUCAAGGAGAUGGUGUCGUAUAUGGAUCCAGUUGAAAAAUUGCUUGCAUUUGCCAACCGAACUGAAGAUGAUUUUUUGAAUAUGCAAUCGUCAGAGGAGCAAGAACAACAGGAACACGAUGAAGGAGUAGAGACCACUACACCACAAUUCAAUAUCAAGAGAAUGAUGGACGAUAACUUAAAAUUGUACUACUCUCAGCUUAGACUGCCCAAGACGGACACUGACAAUUCAUUUGCAAGUUUAAAUAUACCCGAAAACCAUGGAGGAGAGAACUCGUACCCCAACUCUAAUAACGUGAAAAGUUCUAGUUCUAAUAGUUCGAAUGCGAACACUACACCCGUAUCUGCCGUUCCAUUCUUUAGAACGGUCAACUUCAACCCCAAACCAGCAUCUACAUACACAUUUGACGAGUAUUUGUCAUAUGACGAAGAAGAGUGUGAAUCGCCACUUUCGAAUCCAGACUCUAGCAUUGAUUCCCCAUUGAAUUCUAGUUCUGAUUCGGAAGACUCGCCUAUUAUGGCCAAGACUAAACUAAGCAGUCCAUUCAGCAACUUCAACUUCAAUAAGAAGAUGAGUUUCCACUACAGACGUAACGAUAACUUGAACUUAUCGUUAAACCAAUCGUCACAGCCAGAGUCCAUGGAUGUGUUCAAGGCAUUGAAUAAGAGGUGCAUUCUUAACGGUAAGGCUAGCGAAAUGGUUAGCACUGGAAACUUACUUAUUAACGACUUCUUCUUAUAG